AAAACAUCGUAAGUUCGUUUUGUGGUUCGAUGCUAAAGUUGAUAUUACUUCCAAUCGAUUAUAUAUUCAGGUGUAUUUUUUAAAUUGCUUGACAAUGACUGCUUAGAAGAGGUCUUCCAUGUGAUUUAGUUCAUGCAAAAUUCGUUGUUAUUCCUGAGCAAAUUAAGAUGGGCGUUGAAGGCCUGAGACACUACAUCUUGUGGCACCGCAAGUGUUGUCUGGAGGAGAGCCUCCUGCACGACUGCCGUGUCUUCAUUGAUGGCAGCAACCUUGCUUACCUCCUCUACAACCGAGCACCUGGAGUACAGCCCGCGUUUGGGGGUGACUACGACAAGUAUGCUGCCUAUGUAACCCUCUUCUUCAAGAGGUUGCAGCAAUGCAAAAUAGAUGCGACGGUGAUCAUGGACGGCGGGCAGCCGCGCAACAACAUCAAGCUACACACGUGCUCAACACGACUGCAGACGACACUAGAGACUUGUCUGGACUCUGUGCCUCUGACUCCACAGACACGCGUGUUUCCCCUGCACGCGCGCGCCGUGUUCACGGCUGCCGUGCAGAGACUUGGAGUUCUUGUGCUGCAGAGCGACGCAGAGGCUGACCGCGACCUGGCCUUCCUUGCGACGAGUUUUGACGGCGCUGUCAUCAGCAACGACUCUGACUUCUUUCUCUACAGCGCCAGGUUCAUCCCGCUAGAUUUCCUCAGGUACGCGAGCCUCAAGAAAGCUGUCAACAAGGACGGGUCCCGCAAGUACAUGAUGCCUUGCAAGGUCUUCUUGCAAAAAAGAUUUCUGCAGCUGAGCAGCCUGAGGCGGCGGCACCUUGGCCUGGUGGGCGCGCUGAGUGGCAACGACUGCGUGCCGGCGUCGCUGCUGCAGCGCUUCCACCGCCGUCUUGUGGAGCACAGCAGCAGGAGGAAGACACACACCAGGCGCCAACACGUCAUCAGAUACGUGCUGCUCUUCCUCAAGCAGCACCGCACCCUCGACACCAUGGUUCUCAUCGAUAAGGUGUGUGGUGCAUCUGACGAGUGCAAUGCGGCGAAGUUGAAGGAGCUGUUGUUGCUCGUCAACGACUCGUACCGUCCUCAGAGCAGCCUGCUCAGCUUCUGGCUGCAACAAAAAUAUCCGGACACACCGCAAACAAAUGAAGAAUCUGCUUCAUUAAUGAAACUUCCUCUUGCUCCUUCGCAAAUUUUAGAUGCUGAUCUGGAUGUGGUCACUGAAGGAGCAAAUUUAGCUUCAGAUAAUAAUGAGGAUGAUAGUGGAAGUCUUAAUGCUGGGCAAUGCACUUGUGAGAGGCCAUGGCAGCACAUCACAAAACGCGCGCUCAUUGUCAGUGAUCACAACCGACCGGCCUCAUUCAAUGACAGCUUGGACAGUCUCCCCCAAAAUGAGAACUAUAAUAACGGGGUGGAGGAAGAAGAGGAUGGCAUCGGCGAUAUGGGCAGCAAGAGUAGCGACGAAUUGGAAUCAAAACUUCCAAUGGAUGACCAACCUGUGACCAAGAUUCUGCUUGAUGGAAAUUGUGAAUCGAAGGACAAUCCCGAUGUUGAUUUUUCAACUGAAAAAUUCGAGUCCGUCGUUGAUGUUAAGAAACCUGAUGCCUCUUCUGACUUCGAAAAUGAUACUGAAAUCGACAGAGAAGAAGAAGAUAUUAAACUAACGGGCAGGAAGGGACAGAAAAAAGAUCUCCAGCAAAUACGAAAGUUACGCAAAAUUCAAAGAAACCUAUCAAGGAAAAAGGGUAUCCCCAAAUCGGAAAGUUCUGCUAAAGAGAAACCGUUUGACAGCACCGGCAUGAAUGCCGAGCAAAUCCUCCGUCUGCUGGAGAAGGAAGAGAAAGGCUACGAGAGCGGCGAUCGGGAGUCUAUUGACUCUGACUUCAGUGAGGCGGAUGAGGCGUGCGCUGAGUGGAGUGACGAUGAGGCAGCCGACCGAGUGGUGCUGACGAAACCUGGCAACUGUUGCCACUCAGACAGCAGCCUUGUCACCAGCUCGGGCUUUGGACUUCCUGGCUGGCUAGUCUACGGUUACCGUCACUCUUACGUCACGAGGGAAAUUUCUGAUAUCGUCACGAAUACGUUCUGCAUAUCACCUCCUCAGGUCGAAAACGCGGCCUUGGUAAGCUGUUACAGAUGCAUCGAACCUGUCAUGAAAAUGAUAGUGGUGAUGGUCCGUGGUGGUGGGUACGAUGAUGAUGAGGUAAAUGACACACCCGGCGUGGUUCGUGGCUCUGAUGGAGAAUUGUGUGCCAAAGAUGAAUUAGUGAGUAACGAAGCGGGAUGCGAGUCGCAGCGCGUUCUCAGGGAAAUAGAAAAUAAUGCAGCAUUUCAAGGAACAUAUUCUGUAUCCUUAUCAGACAAAACUUCUGUAGUGCACGAUAAAUCUGAAACGAAAGUGACAAAACGAAAAUCUAGAAAAGAUCCUAACAUACUGCGCUGGUUCAUCCGAAUGAAGAAAGAUUUACACAUAGAGAACUUUGCUUUGGAUAAGCUCUUUCUGAAGCUGAGAGAGACAGCGCCAAGUCUGAAAUGCAUUGAAACGAAAUCUUUGGAAGAGCGCAAGAGAGUGUAUUUGCGUAUGAUCCUUUCCACAGCUCCCGAGGAGAUGCUGGAAUUGCCAGAUACCGUCGCUUUUUCGUUGUGUUUCAUCUGCUACUGGUUCAAAAACUCGCGCUCCAAUCCAACUGAGAAUCAUCUUUUGAGUGUGUUCUUUACUUGGUUCAUUUUUUACUUUGUUUAUGGUAGAGUGGAACCGGUUAUUCGGAAGGGCCCGAACCUUUUUUGCCUGCACUGCUGUCUUGCUAAAUUUUGUGCAACAUCAGAUAGCAAAUUGAAAGUGGUCGUUGAUAAACUGCUUUGUCUUAAAGAAGCUGACUUCAAUUGGGGUUCUGAAGAGGAAACUUCACUCACGAAGCAGCCAAACAAUGAAAGUGCCAACCCAGCCAGUGGUCCAGUCUCUGUACAGGAGCUGCUUAGCAACUUGCCCGUGUGGGAAUGCGAUGCUGUCAACAGAAGAGUCUCCAACCUCCACACAGCCGUGUCUUUUAAACAUAACAACUACAACCGGUCCUUCGUGCACAGUAUGAGCGAAUAUCAAUCAUGCGUGCAUUACCUGAGCAUACUUAAUGGUCUGUUCAUUGCUCCCUUUAAUCCUGUUUGUAUUGAUCAAAUCUGGAGCGGAACUUUCUGCUACAGCGUCUACACGAACCUUUGUCACUUAGGAGAGAAAGGCUCCCGUUUCAUUCCCAUGCUGUUGGGUCAGAGUUCUUCGUUGAUACUGCUUUUCACAUCGCUUUACGAAACAGCAACCAAAAUAUUAGGUGCAAAUUUCCGUCUUCCUGAAGCUAAUGCCAGCAUUCACGUUAUCCUGGAAGACGUCUUGAAGGAAAUGUUAGGGAAGAAGAAACCUGCACCGCCAACUAAGAAAAAAUCUGGCAAACGUCCGUGCUCCUCCAGCCAGUGGGUCAGAGAUCGAGCAGGUAUUGAGUUUGAUGACCUGCUACUGUAAGGAACAAAUCGUCGCAGUCGCUGUAUCUUUCGGCGAAGCUCCAAUUAAAUAUGAUGCCCAUAAAUUGUGUUUUUUUUAUCGAUUACCGUCAUGAAUAUAUGACACUAUUGAAAAUUUGGUAAAAAGAUUGCGGAUGUCCGUUUUUUUCCGAGGACAUUACUGCGGUAAGUAAUGCUCGCUUUUCAUUUAUGACAACCUUUACAUAAUCGCUUGACUGAUCUCAACAUCAAUAAAUGUUGGAGGUAGAGAGUUGUGCCCGUUUUAAGCAGUCGUUAUUGUUUGUAUUUAUUGUUAGAUGCAUCGGAAAUAGGCGAAGAGGAUUUAGGUUAGCCUCUCAGGGGGUACUGAGACGUGGCAGGACUUCACCACAUCUGCAGUAUUGCGGGGUAUUUCGCGAUCCCCAGAGGUUUCCCCAGCGACCAGAGAUGACGUUGCAUUCUCAUUAGUAAAAGUUGACCUGUUUUUUUCUUUAAAGAAAAUGGGGUUUCAUCUGUGCUUGCUCAGGGAGACGGAAGCUGGCUCUGUAAUUUCCAUUGUGGCUGCUGUAGUCCCUUUAUCGGCAUGACAGAAAGUGCCCUGGGUUUUCUUGUCUGUGUAGACUGUCGUGCUUGCGAGUAGCUAGUUGGCUAGAACUUUAAUAGGCCUGUUGCUGUUAGUUUGCAAUAUCGACCAAGCGUGCUAUUUUCAUCCCAAUUGCAAUGCAGUACUUUAUAUGCUUACUCCACAUUCAUCCUCAAAACAUUUUUCACGUCAUUUCCGAUCA